AGCAUAAGUCCUAGUAUAAUAUAUUAUAGCAGAUAACAGAUGACGAUCACAGCUAUCAGCUUUGGUCUUGCCAUUGUGUGAAGACGACGAUUUUGUGAUUACAGUCAAUCAGUAAUCGCGCUACUUGUCGAGGUAUAAAGGACUAGAGGAGCCUAGACUUGACGGCGUUUUAUUUAGAGACGACUUGAAGUUACUCUAUCACAAAUCCAUGGCAAAGAAAGGAAAUAAUUUGACAUUGAGCUAAUAUAACUUCGCCAUUUUGAAAAUUAGCCAUUGUUUGUUUUCUUUCCAAACGGAAAAUAUCAAUUUUUGUCGUCAAUCAAAUCAAUCUGGGUUGCGGAAGCUCACAGACCGCGGAAUCAGCGGUCGCUCCUCAAGGAGCAGAACAAGCAAACAUGGAGGCGCCAAAGUUGAGUUUUCCAUCUCUUAAUUCGCCUCAAAGAGCCGCAUCAAGUGGCUCAGUAAGAGCCAAAGUGGCUUUAAAACCGGGGAGAAGUCUUAUGGAUUGGAUAAAAUUAGGUGCAAGUGGAAAGGAUUUAACAGGAGUUGGAGGAAUUCGUCGUCCUGUGACUUGGGAUGAGCUUUCAAAGCACAACACAGAACACGACUGUUGGAUGUCAGUUCGAGGAAAAGUGUACAACAUCACACCAUAUCUGGAAUAUCACCCUGGUGGGAUACCUGAGAUAAUGAAAGGAGCUGGAAAAGAUGGCACAGCAUUAUUUGAUGAGAUUCAUAAGUGGGUGAAUGCUGAAUCCAUGCUUGAGAAGUGUUUUAUUGGUCCACUGGAUACGAGUACAAUGAUGCCUCCUCCAAGGCCAGGAUCUAAUAGAUCUUUAAAAAAAUCAACUGGAUCUUUACGAACACCAAAUUCAUUAUCGGUACCAAUGGCAGGUGGUACUAAAAGUUUAUCAAAACCCACUGAGGAAUCCAAUUCACCCAGAUAUGAUUGGUACCAAAAUGCUAAAAUUAUUACUAUAAGUGUAUAUACAAAAUACAAGGAUUUACAGAUAGAAGACGUGAUUAUAGAAGUCACAGAGGAUAAACAUUUUGAUGCAAUUGUAAUAUUAGGCGAGAAAAGUUAUCAAAUCCAUCUUGAUCUUGAAGAUAAGAUUACAGAUCACAAAGGUAACAUUUAUCUCUAUUCAUCCAUUCAUCCCAUUCUUUCAUUCAAUGAUCCAUUAAUCCAUUCUUUCAUUA